AUGCCUGAGCACAACCUUAGCGCUAAAGUUGUGCGUCUUAGGGUGUACGUGGUCGGGAAUGAACCUCUGACCGUGCUGCUGGAUGCCCUGCUUCCGGUCCUGGGAGUGCUUUUUUCUCUCUACUGUUUCACAAAGCAGAGUGUGUCUCACAUAAGGUCACUUUGCCAAGAGAUCUUAUUAUGGAUUCUGGGGAAGCUGGAGAGGAAGAAGGCGGUUGCCAGCCUGAAAGGCUUUGCAGGCCUGGACAGAGCUGCACCCUCGCUCCACUCUCUGUGUCAGUUCAGAGCUGCCGCGCAAGGUGGCAUCAAGAUUGCCAUCAGGGAGGCCCCUAGUGAGGAAGAUGAUGAUGAAGCCCUGUUCCAGAAGGUGUCCUCCGAGCAGGGCCAGGUGGAGCAUCUCGGGGACCUGCUGUCCCACUGCCAGGAGAGUGGAUUGGCGGGGGACUUCUUCAUCUUCUGUCUGAAGGAGCUGACCCACGUGGCGGUGGAAAGUGAAGCAGAGUUCAAAGCCAGGACCUUCUGCGGCCAGAGCCUCUUGGAAUUAGAGCGACACCGGACUCUCCUUGUGGAAGGCCAGGAGCGGAGGCUGCUGGUCCUGCAGCUGGUGGCUGUUCUGUGUGAGAGGAUGUCCGAACAGAUAUUCACCAACAUCACGCAGGUGGUGGACUUCGUCGCAGCAACACUGCAGAGAGCCUGUGCCAGCUUGGCCCAUGAAGCAGAGAGCACUGUGGAGUCGCAGACGCUGAGUAUGUCCAUGGGGCUGGUGGCUGUCAUCCUAGGAGGGGCUGUUCAGGUGAGUUGCAGACGUGAGCCACACUUGUUUUCGAAUGGACGAAAAAUUGAAGCAGAACACUUGUUGCUUUCCUUCCAUAUCCUUGUGAGAAAUAAGUGGGUAUCUGUACAUAGGAAAACAGGGUGA